CUUGCGCCGAAGAAGAACAGCCUUGUUAUCAUACGAGCCGUCCGGGGCUGCUGAAGGCUGCGAUGCGCUGCAGACAACACCGACCCGUGUUGAUAAAGAGCUGAUGAAACAAUGCUCGGGUCGCAUCCCUAAUUCAUCUAAUACGCUUGAGUACGCUCAGAGCGCGUCGGUCCCUGUGCUGAGCUACGGGAUCCAACCACACGCUACUACGAGCGAACACGCGUCAGCCACGGAUCACUAGAUAACGCUGACACCGUGGACAGACUGACACAGCCUAUUUACAUUAUAAAUAUCCCAAGGAGCUCAGAAAACAGCUUGAUCUGGAAUCCGCAAACAUGAGCGAAGACGACAGCUCGGCGGCGGGCGGCAUUAAAGACAAAGAGUCGACCCUGCUGCUCACCAAGGACGGACAGCGGUACUACGUGAACAAGAGCGGCGUGGUGGACAGCAGGAACGUGAUCACGCCCCUGGAGUCGGACAACAACAUGUUCUCGUACGAAAUGGACGAUGCGGACGAGGAGGCCGACAUGCUGGACUCCUCGGACCCCCGUGACAGCGCCGCCAGCCCUGAGGAGCUCAACGACGAGGACGCGUCGGAGGGCGACAACGCCCCCAAGCAGUGCACCUACGAGGGCUGCACCGAGACCACCACGCAGGUAGCCAAGCAGAGGAAGCCCUGGAUGUGCAAAAAGCACCGCAACAAGAUGUACAAAGACAAGUACAAGAAGAAGAAGAGUGACCAGGCCCUGUCGAGUGGGAAACUUGAUGAGACGGCGGAGGAGAGGCCUGUGUCCGUGAACAAGCAGCGCCUUGGCACCAUAGGGGACCGGCCUGCCAGACCCUCCCUGAUAGAGCAGGUGCUCAACCAAAAGAGACUGUCGUUACUCAGGAGCCCGGAGGUCAUCAGCUUCCUUCAGCAACAGCAGAGGCUCCUGAUCACCCAAAGCCGCAGCCAAUCACAGCCGGACUUCCCGGGUUGCUAGACAAUCACAGCUGGAUUGCCCGGCGUGCUAGCCAAUCACAGCUGGUUGUCCAUGGUUGCUAGCCAUCACAGGUGGGAUUUCCUUGGAUUUUGGGAGUGACCACAGCAAGUGACGUUCCAGGUUUUCCCAACUGUCCUGUCAUCCCUUGGAUUCGGUGCUUGUCAUGAUAUCGACUUUGACGGACUUUGGGAAUUCUACAGAUUACCGUUACAUGUGUUAGUUUUUUUGCCAGGCAGUAAGCCAAUUAUUUAUUUUGAGCGUUUAAUAUGUUUUGUGUGUGGUGCAAAUAUUUUCCAUCCAAGAAUCUGUUAUUAAAAGGUGUGGUAUUUAAAUUGAGAUCUAAGUUAUUGUUUGUGUGUAAUUUGGCAUGCCUGUCUCCCGAUUUUAGGCCAGCCCCCAGCUAAUUUCUGACCAAUCAGGGCCUCCCUUCGGUGAUUCUGUCGGGUUGUGUGAAUCCAUCAUGCCUGUCGUGCGUGAAAAACCUGGAAGCUGACAUCGAAAACUGACUGAAGCUGAAUUGCAUUACCUGAAAGUAGCAAAGUGCUGAAAUACAUUGUGUCAAAGCUGGAAGCUAAACUGUAAGACUGUCAAAACUGGAAGAUAGUAGUAGUAAUGUUACUAGCUGUAGUAGUAACGGUAGUAGGAGUUACACUAUAGUUCUUUGCUUACAAUAAAGUUAGCGAUUAUGAUUGUUCAUUGAACAGAA